CAGUAUGAAUGGAGGUAGCACGCGCGAGACGACUGCAACAGAAACAUCUCACAGAAGUCGGGUUCAUAGACAGCGCUUUCUCGCCACCGUCUGGUAAUCCGCUAUAAAAGCCUAUUCCUGAAAAUGUUUUCAUCCCUACAUUAUCCAGGGCAUUCACGGACGUCAUGACGACGCGAAUAUUUCAGUGUCAUUUGAUCAUUUCUGCUUUACAACAUUUAAAUCGCAGAUUAGCUCCUGUACAGUUCAAAAGGUCGCUUUGAGAAACGCCCACAGUUUGACGCAUGCGCAGUACGGCGUCGAAAAAACAAACAAACAAAAAAAACCUUCCGGGUUUGUAGUUUAUAAGUGAAGUGUUAGGAGUGAUGCUGCAAACCUCGACGUUUAUUUACAGUAGAUUUACAGUUCAUUUUCUACGACAGUUUGGGCUCAGCAGUCAGCACAGUAUGGGAAGUUUAGAGAAUGAAAACCGGUCGAUUCAUUCUGACAACGUUGAGGAAGUUCAUAACAUCCCAAUGGAUGUGAUUAUUCGACCCAUUCCUCCAGUUCUAGAUGAAAACAAAGUUCAGAGCCUCAUGGACACUGUAAAGACCUCAGACAUCAGAGUUGUCCCUCCAAUAGAUGUGUUGUGGAUCACUGGAGAAAAGGGAGGUAAUUAUUACUACUCAUUCGGGGGCUGCCACAGAUUUGCUGCUUACCAGAGACUACAGAUGAAAUCCAUCCCAGCCAAGAUCAUCAAAUCCAACAUUUCGGACCUGCGCACCUAUUUGGGAGCUUCAACCCCAAAUCUACAGUGACUGUAAGAGCCAGGGUGUAGAGGACAUGAGUACCACAUGCUAGGUAAUGAGUCAUGAGGGUUAGACUUUGUCGAUGGCUGUAUCCAUAUCUACAGGAACGUGACAUGCAAAUAGGUGUAAGAAUGAAGGAACAAUUAUUACCAAGGCUACAUAUACCUGAACAUGUGUUUUCUUUCACAUCUAUUUCUGUGUAUCUAGACCAUGAUUUACAUUGUGAGAGAAAUUUUACUGAAAGAGCUGCGGUUUCACAUCAGAACAUUUUAGCAAGAAAAUCUGAAGAAUCCAGACUGAUUUGGUUAUUUGACGUAUCUCUGACAAAACCAAAAACAAUUUCAGAGGGUGUAUGUGUGAGAAUAUGCAGAAGAGCAAAAGUGUUUUGUAACUAACCAUGGUCAAAAAGGAAUACUCAAGCAUUCUUCAACUUAAGCUCAAUCCACUGCACUUAAAUAGUGUGCAUGAUUAUUAGAGAUUACAAUCACUACACAUUUUCCCAAAAUGAGAAACCCAGUAAAACCUAGUUGUAAUGCUCUCAGUAAAAGUUUAACAUGUGCAACUGUAUAAUGCAAAUUCAAAACUCCAACUCCCGGACUCUUAACAAUAAUGGUCUUGAUGAAACAGUCGUAAGAGAAAGUCCUACCAAAGCUGUACUUAUGGAGUUUCAUCUAACUUUCCAGCACUGCAGCACUACAGUAAAAACAACUCUGGGUAUUUAUGCUUUCCAAAUUAUUUCGUGCUAUCCUUGAGCAAUCAGGUGGAAUUUACCUGCUGAUAACCACAACUUAUUUACUCUUGUGGAAAAAAAAAAGAAAUCCCAACUCCAGAAGGACUUAAUUUACAAACAUAUUGACUGAAUAAUUCUACUGGGUUUUAUUUUUAUUUUAUUUUAUUUUAUUUAAAUAUGGGCAAUCACACAAUUACUACACAUGCAGUAGAUCACCCUGUAGCUGUAGUACCUAUAUUCACCACGAGAUGGUACUGUUGCUCUGUUUAGCAUAGAUUCAUUUUGUUACAGAUUAUUGGCUGUAUUGAGUACAAUGUUUGUAAAAAUCUAAAUCAUAUUCAUAUGUGCAAAUAUAAUUCAAGAGGAAACUAAAAA